AGGCGUUGAUCGAAACUCUUUGGGAUGGGAGACUCUGACUACAGUUUCUCUCUCACUACCUUCUCUCCAUCUGGCAAGUUGGUACAGAUUGAGUAUGCCUUGAAUGCGGUGGCGGCGGGUAGCACCUCGCUCGGGAUUAAAGCAACAAAUGGGGUUGUUGUAGCGACAGAGAAGAAGGUUAGUUCUCCUCUAGUGGAUGAAUCAAUGGUGAAGAAGAUUGCGGAGAUCGACAAUCACAUUGGAAUGGUUUAUUCGGGAAUGGGACCUGACUCUAGAGUGCUUGUGGCCAAGGCACGGAAAAUUGCGCAGAAAUACAUGUUGACAUAUGGUGAACCGAUCCCCACCAACCAGCUGGUGAGAGAGAUCGCGUCGGUGAUGCAGGAAUUCACGCAGUCGGGAGGAGUUCGACCCUUCGGAGUCUCCCUACUCAUCAUCGGGUCGGACGACAAGGGCCCGAUGCUGUAUCAGGUCGACCCUUCUGGCUCUUACUGGCCAUGGAAGGCUUGCGCCAUCGGCAAGAACAUGGUCAACGCAAAGACUUUCUUGGAGAAGAGGUAUAACGAUGAUAUCGAACUGGAAGACGCGAUACAUACAGCUAUCCUAACGCUCAAAGAAGGCUUCGAAGGCCAGAUCUCUGAGAACAACAUCGAAAUCGGAAUUGUAAAUGACCAGAAGAAGUUUCGCGUCCUUACGGCAGCUGAGAUCCUCGAUUACCUCGGGGAAGUAGAGUGAGAGGUGGCGUUGCUUGAUGGGAGGACGAAUUGGAUGAUAAAAUUCAGUCAAACACAG